AAAACCAACCCAAACAAAAACCCACAGACACACGAAAAAACGCUCAGUUCCAUCACAAAGCACACAAAAAAAAAAAAAAAACUCUCUCACACACACACACACACUCUAUAUUACUUCAUCAUCAUCUCUACCAUCGCGUCUCUCUCACUCUUACACUCAUCAUCUAGCUCUCAUAAACACAGUUAUUGUUAUUAUUCUUAUUUUUUUUAUUAUUUAUUUUAAUUAUUAUGAAGUUUUUGUGAUGAUCAAUUAACGGUGGUGGUGGUGGAAGUAGACGGCAACGACGACGGCGAAAACGACAACGACGAUGAUAACAUUUUUCGCCGUCUAAAAUAAUGACUCCGAUCGAAAGCCCUAACCUUCUUCAACAACAACAACAACAGAAUCGUUCUUCGUCCAAACGAAAAUUAGACGAAGACGACGAAAACAACGCGUUAGAUGAUGACUUAGUCUAUGUAAGAAUGAGAAAAGACGAAACCACAAAAACAACUCUUCAUUCUUCAUGGACCGGCGGUGGUGGUGGUUCUAGCGGCGGCGAUGGUGGUGGUGCUUUCUCUAAGAAAAAAUCACCUAUUCAUUUUUUCAUUCGAAUGAUGUCAAAAGGAUACAACGUUGUUAUACAUGCUUAUCCAGAAGAAACAGUGAAAUCAAUUCACGAACGAAUUGAAGAGAUGAAAGGAAUUCCUCUUUUUGAACAGAGGUUGAUUUUCAAUGGUAAACAGCUUCAGUGGGAACAAACACUCGUGGAGUGUGGAAUUCAAAACGACGCCAAUCUUCACCUUGUUGGUCGAAUGCGUAGUACAGAACAUCCUCAAGCUUGGCAAGUUGUUAAUGAUAUGGUUUCUAUUGUUUAUGAUCUUUGUCAUGGUGUUAAUCUUCCUGACGCUGUUAAAUCUAUUAAGAGUUUGCUUACUACUUAUAUUAAUUUGGCUUUGGCACCUAAACCUAAACUUGAUGCUGAUUCUGCUACUAGUUAUUUUCAGAUUUUCAUGAAUUCUUCUGCCAUUUCGGUUCUUGUUACGUUGUAUGUUUCGCCUUAUACAGGGAAUAAGGCGUGUUCUGAUACUUGUAUUAAGCAUUUUUUGAAUGGUUGUAAAACCUCAUUGUCCAAGACGUUUCAUACGCAGGCUGCACGUGUGGCGUUGGAGUUUUGUAAAUUGCUUAGUAGAGUUGGGACUAAUGAUCCUUUGUAUCUUUUUUGUCGUAGUAGUUUGGGGGGUUUUUUGGAAGCUGCUGAAAUUUCACUUGCGGCGUCUGAGGAUGAGAAUCACAAAGGGUUGGUGUUGGUUCAGGAUCUGUUUCCGUUUGUUCGUGAACUUGCUGAUAGUUUGUUGAGGAAUUUGGAUUUGAGCUUGGAAUCCCCUUCCCUUGCCAAUCCUUUGUUGAACAGUGUUGAGGAUUUUCAAGCCUUUUUAGUCCCUGUGAGGACUGGAAUCGAGCAGCAACAGGCCCUCCGUGGUUGUGUUGCUUACCACCAGAAGCAGGACAAGAACAAGAAUGGAUUGGUUGCUGAAGAGAUUGAAUACCUUCGUCUGUUGUACGAUCAGUUGUUGUCCAAAAUUGAUACUUGCCUUCAAAAAAUGGACAAGAGAUUCACUGACAAGGAAAUGGUGUUUGAGGAAAAUUAUUUUUAUCCUGCGUGCUCUCUCUAUCUUUCAAUUUUGAAGGAGUUGCAUAAGAUUUCUAAGCUUUAUGAUGGUGCUACAGAAGAGCUCUGUCAUGUUUUGAUGCGUCGAAAGAGUGUGAUGUGUCUGAUCAUUGUUAAAUAUGCAAAAAGGGCAGACGAGCACCAGUGGAUUCUUGAGUACAAGAAUGUCACCAAUUUCGAGGCUAGGAGGCAUUUGGCCAUGAUGAUAUUCCCGGAGGUGAAAGAAGACUAUGAGGAGUUGCAUGAGAUGCUCAUUGACAGGUCUCAGUUGUUAACUGAAUCUUUUGAAUACAUUGCACGUGCUGAUCCCGAAUCACUGCGUGCUGGACUGUUUAUGGAAUUCAAAAAUGAAGAAGCCACUGGCCCUGGUGUGCUGAGGGAGUGGUUUCUUUUGGUUUGUCAAGCACUUUUCAAUCAGGAACAUGCUCUUUUUGUUGCCUGCCCAAAAGAUCGAACAAGAUUUCUCCCCAAUUCUGCUUCCAAGGUACAACAUAAUCUGCAUCUUGAGUACUUCAGCUUCUGUGGUCGAGUUAUUGCAUUAGCUUUGAUGCAUAAGGUGCAAGUUGGUAUUGUUUUUGAUCGCGUGUUUUUCUUGCAAUUGGCUGGAAAGCCUAUUACUUUAGAAGACAUAAGGGAUGCAGAUCCUGACCUAUAUAGAAGCUGCAAGCAAAUAUUGGACAUGGAUUCUGAUUUCAUUGAUUCAGAUGCAUUAGGACUGACGUUUAUUAGAGAAGUGGAGGAAUUAGGACAGAGGAAAGCGAUCCAGCUGUGUCCUGGUGGAAAAAACAUUGUAGUUAAUAGUAAGAACAGGGUGAAGUAUGUUGAUCUUCUUAUAAAGGAUCGUUUUGUAACAUCCAUAGCUGAGCAGGUUUCACACUUUGCCAAAGGUUUUGCUGAGAUUCUUUCAAGUUCAAAGCUCCAGCAGUUCUUCUUUCAAAGUUUAGAGUCUGAAGAUCUUGAUUGGAUGCUGCGUGGGAGUGAAGAUGCCAUUUCCGUCGAAGAUUGGAAAGCACACACUGAGUAUAAUGGCUAUACAGACACAGAUAUUCAGAUAUCUUGGUUUUGGGAGAUAGUGGGGAGAAUGACAGCUGAAGAAAAGAAGGUUCUUCUUUUCUUUUGGACGUCUGUGAAAUAUUUACCAGUUGAAGGCUUUCGUGGUUUGGGUUCCCGUCUCCACAUUUACAAGUCCCAUGAAUCCGGUGAUCGUCUUCCUUCAUCUCAUACAUGCUUUUAUCGGCUGUGUUUCCCAGCUUAUUCAUCUAUGCCUGUCAUGCAAGCUCGUCUUAAAGUCAUUACCCAAGAACAUAUUGGCUCUAGUUUUGGUACUUGGUGAACAUACCUGCAAUCUGGAAAGAAACUGGUUUUGAUUUGACUGCACAUAGAAUUAUCGUUCUGCAGCUUUGUACAGACUAUAGGAGCAUCCCAUCUGUUGUCCUCUAGUUGGAUACUUUGAGAAAGUUAUCAAAGUUCUGUUUUGGAAAGUAGUCAAGGGAUGUAAUUUUAUUGAUCUUGGUCAAAUGUUUAUAUGGAUAAAAUAUUAAUAAUACAGGAUUUGAAGGAUUUUUUUUUAUA